UUCCUGUAAUUUAAAGGAAUAUUUAGACAGAAGACGACUUCUCUUUUUACACUCGAGAGCAUUGUCUCCGUUCGUCCAUAAUGUCCCCAGAGACGUCCGUGUUUUUGCUCUGGUUGGUCCUCAUACAAGAAGGAGCCUCCAACAGACCUGUGGUGACCUUCACUCCAAACUACAAGAAGAUAUUCACAACGGAGUCUAUAACAAUGACCUGUGAUGUGGACUCUACUAAAGGAGAAGACCUGAAUUAUAUAUGGUACAAAGACCAUGUGCAAGUGCACAGUGGAAAAUCCUAUACAAUACAAAAUGCCGGAACAUCACACAGUGGAAAUUACGGAUGUCAGACCAGUACUGGAGAAAGAAGCGACCCCGCUAGACUGGAUGUUAGUAAUGAUUAUCUCAUCCUGCAGACCCCUCUUUAUGUCUAUGAAGGAGAUGCGAUGACGUUACGAUGUCACCACUAUCCUGGAUAUGGAGGAAGACAGACAACGUUUUACAAAGAGAACAAAGUCAUUUCAGACGGGAGCACUGAUAAGGAAUUUCAUAUUAGUAAUGUAGACAGGACAAGUGCCGGGAAAUACAAAUGUACAAAAGAAGUCUAUUAUCGUUCAUCGUCUGCAUAUGGAGCUGAAGCUUCUGUAUCUGUAGAAGGAGCCUCCAUCAGACCUGUGGUGACCUUCACUCCAAACUACAAGAAGAUAUUCACAACGGAGUCUAUAACAAUGACCUGUGAUGUGGAGGCUACUAGAGGAGAAGAUCUGAAUUAUAUAUGGUACAAAGACCAUGUGCAAGUGCACAGUGGAAAAUCCUAUACAAUACAAAAUGCUGGAACAUCACACAGUGGAAAUUACCAAUGUGUGACCAGUACUGGAGAAAGAAGUGACCCCGCUAGACUGGAUGUUAGUAAUGAUUAUCUCAUCCUGCAGACCCCUCUUUAUGUCUAUGAAGGAGAUGCGAUGACGUUACGAUGUCACCACUAUCCUGGAUAUGGAGGAAGACAGACAACGUUUUACAAAGAGAACAAAGUCAUUACAGACGGGAGCGAUGAUGAGGAAUUUAAUAUUAGUAAUGUAGACCGGACAAGUGACGGGAAAUACAAAUGUACAAAAGAAGUCUAUUAUCGUUCAUCGUCUGUAUAUGGAGCUGAAGCUUCUGUAUCUGUAGAAGAGCUGUUCAAGACUCCGAUCAUAAAAGUGACCCCACACCCAGUUUUCAAGAAGGAAAACAUGACCCUAAAAUGUGAGACAAGUCUCCAUCCUUCCAGACAGAACACCCGGCUACUAUUCACUUUCUAUAGAGAAGGACGAGUUAUUCAGGGGUCUGGUGACAAGGAUAUCUAUAAAAUCUCCAUGGUACAGCUGGAGCAUUCUGGGAAAUAUUCAUGUGAAGUGCAAACCACAGAUGGAAGAGUGAGAAAGAGAAGUGCAGAGGAACCAAUCCAGAUAGAAGAGCAAUUCUCAUAUCCAAAUAUAACGGUGACCAAAAAUCUAACAGUUGAAGGAGAUGCCAUGACCCUGACAUGUGACACGACUAUACACAUAAAGCCUACAGAAGUGCAGUUCGCUUUCUACAGACAUGGACGGGAGGUUCGAGGAUUUAAUUCAUCUAACAAAUAUCAAGUUCAAUUUGCUCAGCAGAGGGAUUCUGGGAAUUAUACCUGCGAAGUAAAAAACACAAUCAACACUACAAUGAAGACAAGUGAUAGGUACAACGUAUGGGUAGAAGAGCUCUUCUCCCCUCCAGUACUGAAAGUAUCUCCAGAGUUGGUCAACCAGGGGGAGAACAUGAUUCUAACUUGUGACACAAAUCUUAGUGAACAUAGGCAGACUACAGAACUGCAGUACGCCUUCUACAGAGACGGGGAAAACAUUCAGGGGUUCAACUCUUCUAAUAGGUAUGAGGCUAAAUUCAUAAAGGUGGAAAAUUCUGGGACAUAUACAUGUGAGAUACAAGCAUCAAACGGCAGUGUAAAGAAGAGGAGUAAGGAAGUUCAGAUAGAAGUGUCAUAUCACUCUUCUCUAAUGAUCAUACUAUCUGUAAGUUUGGGGCUGUUCCUACUCAUCGUCAUCAUCUCUAUCUUUGUGUAUGUAUACAAUAAACGCCGAUCAUCCAACAAUAACCCUCAGCCACCAACAGACGCUGAAAAUGAAUACUCUGCUGCAGAUAAAAUUACUUAUACGGACCUUGCCAUAACUAGGGGGCCACAGAAUCAUGUUCCAGAAAACAAUGGAUCUAAUGUUGUCUAUGCUGUAGUAAACUCCAAGGCUAAACUACAAGCCAAGGCUUCCCAAGGAAUGUCUGACACUUCAACCGACGUCUAUCAGAACAUCGGCUUUAAUAGAAAAGUUAAUGAAAGAAUUGUAGAGGUAGAAGGCCAUGUCAGUGAAGUGGAAGAUAAGUUGCUCCCUCUAACAAGAGCAUCCCGCACCCAUGAACAGCAGAUCUCAGCAUUGAUGGCCAAGACGGAUAAUCUAGAGAACCGCCUUAGACGCAACAAUAUUCCGGUGGACAACCCAGGAGAUAGAGUCAUCUGUUCCCUGGAUGCCGCUAAGGCAUUUGAUAGCAUUGAGUGGGAGUAUCUGUGGGAGGUACUAGAGAGCCAUCGAGCCAUGGCGGCUAUUAUUAUGAGUCAUGACGGGAUUACAGGGUUUAACCGAGGCGGGUCACAAGAGAAAAUUGCAUUGUAUGUGGACGAUGCCUUGCUGUUCUUGGCCGAGGCUAGGGAGUCCCUACUGGUGGUUGUGGAUGUGAUCGGUGCUUUUGGGCGCUACUCUGGCUUGGUUAUAAAUUGGAGCAAAUCGUCUCUUCUCCCUGUGGAUAAUGUGGAUGACUCUGUGACCUAUACUCAGACAGGACUUCAGGUGAGGUCAUUCUGCUCCACCAACAAUCACAAACCCCUGUCUCUGCAAACACCCCUCCUACACAUGAAAUACAGGGGGACAGAGCCAAACUGCAGCUCAUACGUUCUGUACAACCCUACAGCAGUCACCAUGUAUGUGAGAUCACUAUUCUUCCUUCUAGUGUUAACGGUAGAAAAUGUAGGAGCGAAGGUCGUGGUGACUUUUAACCCAAACUGGAACAAGAUCUUCAAAGGAGAAUCUCUAAAUAUGACCUGUCAUGUGAACUCGACUGUAGAAGAUGUCACAUAUCAGUGGUUCAAAGAUGGUUACUUGAUAUAUUCCGGAAAAACAUUUACAAUAUCAUCUGCACAAGUGGCAAACAAUGGUAACUACCAAUGCCAGACAGCUGCUGGUGAGAGAAGUGACUCAACCAGACUGGAAGUCCAUAAUGGCUACGUUAUCUUACAGACAUCUCCGUAUGUUUAUGAAGGAGACAACCUCACACUACGAUGUCACCAUCAUCCUGGAUACCUGGCAAAGCAGACGAUAUUUUACAAGAACAAUGCCGUUAUAAAACACUGGGGCCCUGAGGAUGAAUUACAUAUUGAGAAUGUCAACGUGAAUUCGAAUGCCAAAUACAAAUGCACAAAGCAGGUCAACCACCAUCUACUGUACUACCAACAUACAGAUGAAACCUCGGUUUCUGUUCAAGAAUUGUUCUCACUUCCAGCAAUAAGACUGAGCCCAUAUUCACUGACUGAAGGUGACCACAUGGCCCUGACAUGUCACACAAUACUUAGUCCCCUCAGGCAGACCACGGUAUUGCAGUUUGCCUUCUACAGAGAUGGACAGAAAAUUCAAGAAUUUAGCUUGUCUAAUAAAUAUGAAAUUCAGUCUGUGAAACAACAUGAUGCCGGGGACUAUAACUGCGAAAUCAAGACGUCUAACUACAGAAUUAAGAAGAUGAGCACUAUGUUGACUAUACAAGUGAACAGGAACAGCCAGCAGGAGUUGUUUAAUCAUUCGGAGACAGAAGUGAUGUCUAAACAAGGGAGAAGUCUCUUUAUCGCAGCAGUUUCAGUAACUUCACUGGUCUUAGUUCUAGUCCUCGUUGGUACUGGUUUGAUCUUCCUGUACAGAACAAAGCAUUUUCUGCCUGUUAACCAAUCGCCAAAAGCUGAAGUUGAAAAACGUGAUGAGGAAACUGAGAAUAUUUAUACAGAGGUGGCAUACAGAUGGCAAAACUUGUCCCAGAAAUCAAACGUGAAUGAACUGUUGAAAGAAAACUACUUCAUUCUGUGUUAAUCGCAUGGAUUCUUUGGUAAGGCACUCAGAAGCUUUAAGUUUUUAUGAAGUCCUUUCCUGAAGAUAUCUACAUAAAAGACUAAGAUGAACGCUCGCCAAGUGGGUUAAGAAGCUCAAACGUCACAGCAAUAUUAGUGAUUGUCCCGCACCUUUGCUGAAUAAAUGGAUUUUUGUUA